AUGUACGCUACAGAACGAAAGGGACUUUCGCGACUUCGUCCAGCACACGGCGUGCGCGCCGGGGGUGGAGACCACUGGGGCAGUGGAGUCGCUGGAGACGCUGGAAAGAAGGCUGGGAGGUGCAGGAGUGGUCUUCCAGCGACACCGACUCCAUUUGCCAAUCUCCUGCGGCCCACUUAUGACGAUCGUCCCUGGCCGCAGAACCCACUCGGCGUGAAACUCGAAACCAUCGGCGCCGGCAGCCCUCCCCUAAUUUAA